UCAAAUUUUGAAUCCCUAAAUCCAACAACGCUCCCCUCAAAUUCCCGUUUCUUUCCCCGAGAAGAAGAAGUCAAAGACGAAGCUUUACAACAAUGGCGGAGUGCGAGAUCGAGAAGGUGGACGCAGAGACAGCGUUUCUGGCGUCGAAGAGAGAGAGCGGGAACGAAUGGGAGAUCUUCAAGGAGAACGUGAGACCACUGAAGAGAGGACGCAACGUCGAUCUCCUCAACCACGCUCUCAAGUCCCACACCGAUAACAACCUCAAGAAAUCGCUCCUUCAUCACCGAAUGAAACUCCUUCAAGAAAUCGAUGAAUACCAAGGCGAAGACCCUCUUCUCCCAUGGCUACAGUGUAUUAAGUGGGUUCAGGAGGCGUUUCCUCCAGGUGGAGACAGUUCGGGGCUGGUUGUGAUUUACGAGCAGUGCGUGCGUGCAUUUUGGCAUUCGGAGCGCUAUAAGGAUGAUCUGCGCUACCUCAAAGUGUGGCUUGAAUAUGCAGAUAAUUGCUUCGAUAAGGAAGUUAUAUAUGCUUUUCUAGAUUCAAAUGGAAUUGGAAAAACUCAUUCCGAUUUCUACAUUUCUUAUGGUUUGCACUUGGAAUCUAAGAACAAGAUUAAAGCUGCUAACCAGACAUUCGAACUUGGCAUAUCUAGGAAUGCUCAACCCAUUGAAAAAUUGAAAGCUGCUUAUAGAAAUUUUUUUGCACGCUCAUUGACAAGGCCAAAAACUAUAGACGAUUCAAUGGAAAAACUAGCACCUGGGCGUAGCUUUGGAACUCUUCUUGCCAAGACAGAGAAUCGUGCACCGUUGGCCUCAUUGAACAGAAAUUCUUCUGCUACGAAUAAUAGGACUAGAGGAACUUCACUUUCUAUUUAUAAAGAUUCAGCUGCCACUGGUGAGACCUACUCACAACAGUCAGACAUAUCACAACCUUGGCACACACUUGGAGCUCGAGCUGAAAGAAAUAAGGAAAAUAAUGCAAUUCCCGGCAAAUGGAAAUCCUUCAAGAUUCCACAGCGACCUGGGACUAUAUCCGGAGCUGCUACUGCUAGUGCUAUCCCUGUGUUUAUUGAUGAAGAGUGUCAAGAUUCACAAAGUAUGAAAGCAGAGGGUUGUAAGUCCUCAAGUUUGAAGAUUAGGCAGGAGGAUGACAAAGACUUGAAAAGUGAAACAGAGCUACUCAGGAAGAAUCCAUUGCGCAACUUUCCAAAAAACAGCCUCCCCAGAUAAUUGAGAAACCUUAGAAAAUUAAUGCUCAUUGCAGCUGUAUGAUAUCUUUUCUUCAACAAUUUGCGGGUCAGCUUUUCCCUAGAAAGCUUGACUCUCACAUUUAUCUUUGGCUUGUAUUUGUAUUGGAAUUUCGGGUUUGUUUGAUUGAUUGAAAACUAGUGAUUUUUUUUACCCGUGCGUUGCACGGGGAAUAUGUUUAUUGUAUUUGAUA